AUGUCUCACCCAGGCCCAGACUCAAAGGCCGAGCAGGACGAACGCAUCGAAUUCGCUCCAGCCCAGGCCCAGCCUGAACCCCAUGAAGGGCCCCAACCCGAUGGACAGAAGAAAGAUAAAGCCCUGGAGUUGAUCGAAGACCUCGGGGGCUCAACUAUCCUCACGCCAGAGAACAACAAGCGCGUCCUCCGCCGAAUCGACCUACGACUACUCCCUAUCCUCCUGGGAAUCUACUUCCUGCAACAACUCGACAAAUCCACCCUCUCCUACGGCUCCGUCUUCGGGCUCAUCGAGGAUGCUAACCUCGUGGGUCAAGAGUAUUCCUGGCUUGGAUCGAGCAUAUACCUUGUCCAGCUGGUCGCCCAGCCUGCCAUUGCGUACAUUCUCGUCAAGAUCCGACUGGGGAAGUUCCUGGCUGUCAUGGUGUUCUUCUGGGGUAUUUCCCUUGCGUGCAUGACGCCUGCAAAUACAUUCGGGGGGUUGCUGGCCUGUCGGAUCUUCCUGGGUUUGUUUGAAUCGGGGAUUCCCCCUGCCUUUAUUGCCAUCACACAGAUGUGGUAUCGUCGUCGUGAGCAGCCGAUGCGAUUGAGUUCUUGGUAUGCAAUGAACGGUGUUGUCAAUAUGUUUGGCAGUCUGAUCGCGUUCGGCCUCGGGCAUAUCGAUUCCAAACUGUCGCCAUAUCAGAUUAUUUUCCUCUUCUUCGGGCUCAUCACUGUUGCGUUUGCCUUCGCUGUCUUGGUCUUUCUGCCGGACUCCCCAAUGCAAUCCAAAUUCCUGAACGAGGAGGAUAAACUGCUAGCAAUCGAAAGACUCCGCAUGAACCAGCAAGGCAUCGAAACGCAUGAAUGGAAAUGGGCCCAUGUCAAGGAGGCUUUCCUUGACCCGAAAUCCUUCUUCUGGUUCGCUCUGAUGUUUUCCAUCUCAAUCCCAAGCGGUGGUAUCACAACCUUUGGCCCAUUGAUCAUCGAGUCCUUCGGAUUCGACCAGCUGAAAACUAUGCUGUUUAACAUGCCGUUCGGUGCAAUCCAGCUCAUCGCGACUCUUGGAGGAGCCUGGCUGGCGACGAGGUACAAGACCAAGGGAGGUGUCAUUGCCCUGCUGUGUCUUCCUGCCAUCGCGGGCUGCGUGAUGCUGCUGGAGAUUCCGCGUGGUGAAUCUCACAAAGGGCCUUUGCUUGCGGGUUAUUAUAUUAUUUCGGUGUAUCCUGGAAUCACACCAAUGAUCUACUCCUGGGCUGCCGGAAAUACCGCCGGCGAGACGAAGAAGAAAGUCAUCAACGGUAUCUUGCUGGUUGGGCAAUGUGCUGGCAAUGUGGUCGGCCCCAACCUGUACACCACCGAAGAAGCCCCUGGAUAUCGGCGUGGUCUCCUUUCCAACCUUGCCAUGUUCUGUGUCCUAGUCGUGCUCUGCGCUCUGAACUUGGUGUAUAUUCUCUACCUCAACAAGCAGCACGAGAAGCGCCGCGUGGCUAUGGGCAAGAAUGCAAAGAUCAUCGAUCGCUCGAUGCAGGCCGUUGGUGAGACAGAGGUCGACAAGAACGAUGCGCAGAUGGUGGAGGAUAAUGCGUUCAAGGACCUGACGGAUUUCGAGAAUGAGGAUUUUGUAUAUGUUUACUAG